AUGGUUUACAAAAUGGUAAUCUACACGGACGGUGGUUGCAGAAACAACGGAAGGCAUGGUGCAUCAGGCGCUGCCGCUGCUGUUUUCAUAAAAGAGUAUGGAGGAAUAAUCUCUUGUACUAGACCACUGCCGCUGAGCCCAGUACCUACCAGUCAACGAGCCAAAAUCACUGGAAUCAUUAUUGCUCUCGAACAAGCCUUGGAGAGAUACGAGAUGUUGAAUACGGAGCCCUACCUGGAUGUCACCAUACACACCGAUUCCAAAUAUGCGGUUUCCUGUAUUACGACUUGGAUUUACAAGUGGGUGCAAAAUGGAUGGAUCAAUGCUCGAGGCACAGAGGUUUCGAACCGGGAUCUCAUUGAGAAGGCUUCUGAACUUGAUGAUCAGGUGAAAGAGCUUGGAGACGUAGAAUACGUGUGGAUCCCGCGGGAGGAAAAUGAGGCAGCGGAUGAACUAUGCCGCGAGAUUUUGUACGACUAA